CCGGGCCGCCGUGCCGCUGGAUGUCAAAGGCUGAACGCGGCGGCGCCGCCACAGUAUAACUCGUGGGGGCUGCGCGGCGGCCAUGGCCACAGCCGCCUCCAACCCCUACAGCCUGCUCGGCUCCGGCUCGCUCGCCCAUGCGGACGGCGCGGGCAUGCAGCAGGGCAGCCCGUUCCGCAACCCGCAGAAGCUGCUGCAGAGCGAGUACCUGCAGGGCGUCCCGGGCAAUGGGCACCCGCUGGGGCACCACUGGGUCACCAGCCUGAGCGACGGCGGCGCCUGGCCCUCGGCGCUGGAGCAGCCCGACGUCAAGCCGGGCCGCGAGGACCUGCAGCUCGGAGCCCUCCUGCACCACCGCUCGCCCCACGUCGCGCACCACUCGCCCCACGCCAACCACCCCGGCGCCUGGGGCGCCAGCCCCGCGCACGGCGCCUCGCUGCCCCCCGCGGCCGGGCAGCCCCUCAGCGUGUACUCGCAGGCGGGUUUCGCGGUGGGGGGGAUGCUGGAGCACGGCGGCAUCACCCCCCCGCCCGCCACCGCCGCCGCCGCCGCCGCCGCGCAGGGCUUGCACCCGGGGCUGCGGGGCGAGCCCGGCGGCGAGCACGGCGAGCUGGGCGGCCACCACUGCCAGGACCACUCGGACGAGGAGACGCCGACCUCGGACGAGCUGGAGCAGUUCGCCAAGCAGUUCAAGCAGCGGCGCAUCAAGCUGGGCUUCACCCAGGCAGACGUGGGCUUGGCCCUGGGGACCCUCUACGGCAACGUCUUCUCGCAGACCACCAUCUGCCGCUUCGAGGCCCUGCAGCUCAGCUUCAAGAACAUGUGCAAGCUGAAGCCGCUGCUGAACAAGUGGCUGGAGGAGGCGGACUCCUCCACCGGCAGCCCCACCAGCAUCGACAAGAUCGCGGCGCAGGGGAGGAAGAGGAAGAAGCGCACCUCCAUCGAGGUGAGUGUCAAGGGCGUGCUGGAAACGCACUUUCUCAAGUGUCCCAAACCCGCCGCCCAGGAGAUCUCCUCGCUGGCAGACUCGCUGCAGCUGGAGAAGGAGGUGGUGCGGGUCUGGUUCUGCAACCGCCGGCAGAAGGAGAAGCGCAUGACGCCGCCGGGAGAGCAGCCGCAGCACGAGGUCUAUUCCCACGGCGUGAAAACGGACACGGCCUGCCACGACCUCUGACCGGGGGCUGCGGGGCAGGCGGGACUGCGGGCGGCGCGGAUCUGCCGCCGGGGCUUUAACUUAUCCUCUCCGGGAGGCGCGGGGCGGGCGCGGGGCUCCCCGCUCCCCGCCUGGGCAAUAGAGAUUUUGGGGGGUUUUUG